GCCUGUCUGCCGGACAAAAGGCGAAUCUGUCUGACGGAGGAUUGAAACCCAAUUAGAGACAGAGGAGACAUUUUGGGAAAACUGUCAGUGUCCGUGUGUCCCGGCGCCCCAAGGCAACAGAUAUAUGGUCAAACACACGUCUGCGGAGGCUCGUAGACCGGAAUAUUAAGGAUGUUCCAGCAGUGCGAGGAGCCUCGUUUCACCAUCGAGCAGAUCGACCUCCUCCAGAGGCUAAGGAGGACAGGCAUCACACAGACGGAGGUCCUCCACGCCCUGGACACGCUGGACCACCUGGACCGCCAACAUGGACACAAGCUGGCCCGCAAACCUCCCUACGUGCCUCCCUCCUCUUCCUUGUCUUCCUCCAGCGCCGUCGUCGCCUCCUCCUCCAUGACUUCCACCGCCACGCAGACAAGUUUCCCGAACAACCGACUCUCGCUGUCGCCCAACAACAACUUCGACACCGCCUCCCCGCCUCUGCCGAUCCCAGUGGCCUCGCCUGUCGCCAUGGCGGCGGUGGUCCAGAACGGCCUGGUUGCCGUCACCAACGGGAAGCUGUCGCCGCCCCGGUUUCCUCUCGGCGUGGUUAGCGGCGGCGUGAUGGCGGCGGGCUACGGGUUUGAGACCAGUGAAGAGGACAUCGAUGUCGACGACAAGGUGGAGGACUUGAUGAGGAGGGACAGUGCUAUGAUCAAAGAGGAGAUUAAGUCCUUCCUGGCGAACAGGCGGAUCUCCCAGGCCGUGGUCGCUCAGGUAACGGGGAUCAGUCAGAGCCGGAUCUCCCACUGGCUCCUGCAGCAGGGAUCAGACCUCAGCGAGCAGAAGAAACGGGCCUUCUUUCGAUGGUACCAGCUGGAGAAGACCAACCCUGGAGCCACUCUGGCCAUGCGAGCCGCCCCAUUGGGCCUGGAGGACGUGAUGGAGUGGCAGCAAGCCCCGCCUCCGUUUAGCUCGGCCCCCGGGGGCUUCCGUCUGCGGCGUGGGAGCAGGUUCACCUGGAGGAAGGAGUGCCUGGCAGUUAUGGAGAGCUACUUCAUUGACAACCAGUACCCCGAUGAAGCGAAGAGAGAGGAGAUUGCCACCGCCUGCAACGCCGUCAUUCAGAAACCAGGAAAGAAGCUGUCUGAUUUGGAGAGGGUUACAUCUCUGAAGGUCUACAACUGGUUUGCCAACCGCCGCAAAGACAUCAAGAGGCGCGCCAACAUUGCGCGUCGCUUGAGGUCGAUAUGCUAUGAUGAGGUUUGUGUUUUUGAAGAAGCAGCCAUCUUGGAGAGCCACGGCAUCGAGGUUCAGAGUCCAGGCGGCCAGUCCAACAGCGACGAGGUGGACGGCAACGACUUCCCUGACCAGGGUUGCGAGGUGUCCUUAUUUGACAAGAGAGCUUCAGCCAAGCAAUUUGGUUUCAGUCGAGCUGACCUGUCCUCUCCAACCCAGGUACCCACGCUGCUCCCCAGCUGGUUUUCCGUCCUGAGUAGAGGAGGCUUGUCUGGACAGAGGGGCGCCUCUCUGAUUGGCCGCUCCCUUGUGUCAGGGGCGGGCCCUCAGGCAGAAGGUUCCAGAUUGACAGGUGUGUCCUGGUCUCCCCCGUCGCCCUCCCUCCAGGACGAACCCAGCAUUCACAGCGCGCUGUCCGAGCCCCAGGACCCAAUCGGCUUGGAGAAGGCGGCUGUCAAUCACGGCAGCCACGCCCUGGCCAAUCAGGUGGACGGGGCGGGAUGCAGUAUCGGGAAUGACAUCAAGACGGAAACGCUGGAGGACGACUGAAAUGGGUGGCGGACAUUGGAGUUGUCAGAGCGAUGAAUGGAGCAGGAUCAGAGGUGUGUUAAUAUGCAAGCAGAUUUUAUAGGAAUGUAAUAAGUGAAAAAAGAAACAAGACCAAAAGUCGUGUAAAGUCCAACCCUGAGAUACCUCCCAACCCUACCUCCAACCACCAACCUGCUCUGCUACGCUCUUAUAGGGAUUACUAGUAUAUUCUAAUAAUUAUAACAACAAUAAACUUUUGUUUCUUAAAGUGCUCCCCAGCAGGCUAUGGAAGGUUAAAAAUGCCCAAAUCAAACCAAGAAAGUGAACUCGAUUAUGCAUUCUUUAAUUAUGACCCAUAAAAGGAAGUACCCAUAGCAACGAGUAGUGUUUUUUCACUUUACUUCUUUGUUGAUUUGUUUUCGGCAUUUUAAAUCUUCCGUAGAGACACGAUGCAUUGUGCGGGUUUCUUUGGAAGCUGCAUCUUUCAGCGCAGGACAACACUGUAUUUGACCCGGGGCGCACUGUGAUCACAACACAACUGAACAGCCUCAAAAGAUAAAUGCGCCAGUUUGAAAGUCAAGUUCACUUCAACUGAUUGUUUUGAAAUUCUGUCGCGCAUUUCAUCGCAGUUGAGUUUAUUUCAAAUUUUUUGCUGUUGGUUCCUUCGAGUGUGAAGAAGAGCAGAAUAAGCUCCGGUUUUUUCCAAGGUCACAGCGCAGUGGUGAUGUGUUCUGUGGGCCUCUGAUGAUUUGAAAAUGUAGAAAACAGAAUGACCCACUUCUCCACCCCCUGCCCUGGUAGAACAAGCUUAAUAUAUGGAAGCAAAGAAAGGAAUACCUGAAUGUAUAAUAUUGACAUUUUUGUAAAAAAAAAACAAAAAACAGGUGUUUUCAGUCGCUCAUCUGAACUCCUUUCUUGCGUCACAUGACUCACAGAACAUUGCCUGAUAGGCCAGAGAUCCUGUCUAGGCUUCACUGCUUAUCCUCUUGUCCCAAAGUUUGUUUUGUUCAGAAAAUGAAUGAAGUUGAGCAACCUGAAUUCAGUUAUUUUGAUCUUCAGAUUUUUUUUUUUUUUUUAUAAAUUGCACAACUUUACAAAUUUAAACCACAUAAACAGAUAGUUAUCUAGAUCAAAUAUUACAAACAUACUAUAAAUUUAGCAGUAUUUAAAUAUCAAGUAUUCACAAUUAGGCAUUCAGUUGCUUAUGAAACUUAAAUCCUCAUGGCCUCUUUGCUUCCAUAUCAAUAACAAGUAAAAAGUUAUUCAAUACAUAACUGCAUACAGACUUGUAUGAGAACUAGAAACCCGGGUGACCGGGUGUUAUUAAUAUUGUGGUCAGGCAUAAUGAAUGAUGAGCGUGAGAUGAUCUAUAAUCAAUACAGAUCAGUUAGUUGGGAAGAAUUCAACAGUGACUGUUUAAAUACUACAGAUAAAAGUGUAACUUGAAUACAUACAUAUACUACACAUGUAUGUAUGCAUAUACAGUAUGUUGUAUAAACCGUGGGGUGUAUACAGUAUAUAUAUAUAUACACCCUGAUCCAUUUCUAUAUAGAAAUAUUGGCUUCAAAUGAGAGAAAGCGUCAGUGUGAGUCUGUCUUGUUGGUGAAAGGUGAGUGACGCAUUAGCCAAAGUAUUAAGUUUUUAAUUUUGCGUAUUUUCAGAGUGUGUGAUAGUCAUGGAUGGCGCUAUGUGUUUAGAGAUAUGCUAAUCAAAGACGCAUCAGAUGUGUCAAAUUAUUGCGAGGAAAAUGCAUUUCAUUUUUUAGGCAUAUCCGUGUUUGUGCUCGAUAUGCCAUGUGUUCUAAACACACAUUGUCCAGUUUCAAUUGUAUUUUCAUUUCAAAUGACACUUUAUUGGAUCAAUAUCAUGGUGCUUAUAGUCCCUGCUGUUUAAACAUUCGAUUGAUCAGUGUGACAGACCAGAGAGGCAGUAGGAAGAGACGAUGAUUUGGGAAACUGAGUGAGUUAGGUUUCCCUUGAAACAACCACAGCAAGAAGUGUUCUUUGGAAAAGAACGAAUGAACUAGUCAAUUCAAGAAAUAUUUAUCCCAGUACAGCCGUUGUUGAAGUCUUUUUCUGCAUUUUUGUUAAUCUCCAACCCAACAAGGAAUUAUUAUUAUCCUUUUGCACAGGGAAUAUUUAACCAGUCUGAUAACUAGUUGGAUCUUUAGAUUUUAAAAAGGUCUGCAAACAUCUUACCACGUGUUCAUUCGCUAGCUUAUCAGGAAACAGUCUUAGCUUAUGUUAUACAUCCAACUAUAUUUGUCUUCCAAACAUGCUGCUCUCUUUUAGCUCCGUUUUGGCUGCCACCACCCCUCCCCCGAGGAAAAUAUCUGUCUCCCUAGCUGCCAAAUGCUCCUCUAUGUUCACUAGCUAACGUUAGUUGCUGACUUUGUUAGUCUGCUGACUGUUGCUGGGCAGGUAGGGUACAGAGGGUUUAUUGGAGCUUUUUCACUGAAAACACAGGGCAGCAGGAGUUUGCGGGCUAGACCACCAAAACAAUGAGCUAAAAGUGGCACAAAAAAGUCGUCAUAAGACAUUUCAUGCAAUCUUGCCAAAACAAAAUUAAACUCGCCAAGCUGUCUUCCUGCCUAGCGUUGGCCGAGUUGCGGCGAUGUCCAGCGGUGUGCGUGCUGGUAGUUCUGUUAGCGGUUAGCCCAAAAAACUGUACAAAAAAGAAGUAAGCCGAUCCAGUAGUGUGUGUACUGGUAGAUCCGUUAGUGGUUAGGGGUUAGCCAAACACACCGUCCAUUCCAUUAGCUGUAAGUCAAACACACCGCAAACUGUUAUCCCCCCACUGUGGGUAAAGAGUGGCCGGGGGGGGUCGCUGUGUUCUUAGCUAUGUUAUCAAUAGCAACAACUACCGGCCGGAGAUCCGUUUAAGAGAAGUGAGUGAGGAGUCGGCAGGCAGUUAAUGGCAGGAUAAAAGUGUGAGUCACCGCAACCUCUUGAUGUCCUUGGGCAUGCAACCAUAACUGGGCGUCCAAAAUAUGAAGUCGUUUUUCUACAGCAGAACACGAGAUUAGUCGUGGACAGACACCGAGGUGCACACUCACUCACGGACGCAUGCGCCCCGAAACAACAAAGCCAAGUGCACCUUUUAUCGAUCACGUUCUAAUUGAAAUACUGUCUUAACGUUACCAAAAGUUAACGUUCAAGUUCAGUAGCUGAUCACUGCUGAUGCUCUUGAACAUCGUAGAAGUUCCAUCAGACAUCGAAACCUCCUUUUGUUUGCGUAAGUGUACUUAGCGUGUACUUUACUGACACAUUACCACCUGCCACUGAACACUUUCUCACGAGCUAAAGAGAAAAUAAUGCUGGAGUUUGGUGCGUCCAUGGAUAGCCAUCCAGAAUAAUUUCAGCACAUGAUAUGUACCGUAUGGUUUUAAGUUGAAGUGCCUUAUUUAUUUACUGUGUAUUAACACAGGAUCAGUGCACGAAGGACUUCCACAAUGGCUGUACAUUCAUCACUGUACUAGAAACCAAUGCAAGAAGGAACAUGGUGUUCUGUAACGGCCAACACUGAAGUGGCCUCAUUCAAACCGCUCCAUCAUUGUUCAUCACCAGGUGCUUUACAGGCUAAGCUACUAGUUCAGAGUUUAAAAAACUCAACACAAAUACCUCACUUUACCCCGCUCAGCUAUAAGCUACACCCCGCAGGUUCCUCCACAGCUGCUUCAAUGUGAAUCAAAGUUUAGACAGUCGAUAGUGAAAAGUGUAGGGACGAGUUAUUCAGAGGAGACUGCCGGCAAACUGUGACGAGGCUGUAAAGACGGUUCACUGGCUGAUCUGGGAUCAGAAAUGUCGGUGUCCUCUAAAAGGGAAAUUCCUUCUUGAACUUGAGCCAAUAAUUAUGAAGUUUGAACAUAAAGGGAAAUUCCACUCAAAAAAAAAAAAGAUCAAAAGCUCCUGCUUCCACCAAGUCCAAGAAAAAAAAAAAAAAAAAAAAAUAUAUAUAUAUAUAUUUUCCCCUCAUCCUGGUGGAAUACUAACACAACUCGUCAGUGUUGGUUUCAGAUUGAACGUCUUUAAGAAUUCAAGUUUUGUGGUGGAUUGUCUCUAACUGUAUGGCAGCACAGCUGUCCCAGGUGUCUUUUGCUUUAAGCGUUUGUAAAACUCCGAGUCAUAAGUCAGUGAUGUAGCUUUCUGUCAUGUUUGAAUUAUUUACACCAAAAUAUACUUCUAAGGGUUAGAAUUUUUAUUUUUUUAUCUGCCAAGCAGAAGCCUUUCUGAGGUGAAUCUAUGGGUUCAUGUAAGACAAUGUGCUGUUUUGAGAUUAUUUCAGGAUUUUGAACCAUUUCAGUUGCUGCCUUCAUGGUCUUCUCAUGAAGUUGUACUUUUGAGACCUGAAGUUGCACAUUAAUGUGAAAUGAAAAAGGAGUUGUCAUUUGAAGUCAUUUUAGAGCCAAAACAAUCUGAAAGGAAAAAGAAAUGAGAAACAUAGGAGUCCAAAAAACGACGUCGAUAAUGAGAAACCCAAACGUGCGAUCUUUUCUCAUUUACAGUCGAGUUUCCCUUUGAUUGGUCUUCACAUUUCACUUUGCUUUCAGCUUUUGACCCUGAACUGGCUCCAUACUUCUUUACAGAAGUGUUUUAAAGUGUUUAUUCUCAUUAUAAUUAACUUGAAAUGCACCAUGAGUCAAAGUGAUCAUGAAACAGAAACACAGUAAAUACUUUUUUUCUUUUCUAUAUAAACGUGACCUUUGCUCUUCCAGUUAGAUUCAGCACUUUGUUUCUGACAUUGCUGAGGGCAACAUGUAUCUCUUCGUUGCUUUAAAUGCAGUUGUAUCACCUGCCUUUAGCCCUCUGUUGCCUUGCUGUACAGUUUGGUUUAAAAAGGAUGAGCUUCCAUUCGCUGGUUCUUCACAGGAAAAAAAGCAAAGAAAAGGUGCCGAUGUUUCAGACGCCUGGUGUCGACUAUAUCUUGAUCACAUUUAUCUUUCUCCUGCCAAGUCCAACUUCCUCCGGCAACGUCCCCGUCCCUUUACACAGACAGUGCGGUAAAUAUUUGUCUUAACCACACUGUUUGGAUUGGCACAGUGGGCUGUUUAGCGUGACAAAAUGAGGGUGCAUGUCGAUGAAGGUGUUAGUGGGGGGCGGCAGAGGUUCUUGAUCUGAUCAGAGGUCUGCUGUGUGAACAAAUAGAAAAGGACAGAUGACUGCGCUGCCAUCGUGGUUUCAGUCAGUUCACGCCUCAGGACUGAAUGUUGCCGUCGUGCGUCAAUAUUUGGGAAUACACAUUACAGUACACGAGAUGCCGCAUGACAUUUGCAGGGUGGUGUCCUCGAAAUGCUGUUUUAUUUAGGUGAAGGAAAAAAAAAAAAUUCAUGCAUUCAUCAUAAAAUGUGGUUGUUCCAGUCGUAAUGUCCUCAUUAAAUCAGCCAAUGACUGUAAAUAAAUACUUUACAAAAAAUGUCAGUCAUGUAAAAAAAGAAACACUUCCGAGUGGUUUUCAUUUUGGCAAUAAAACUAUUAAUUCUCUCGAAUGAAAAAUAUCAAACCUCAGCAGGACGUUUGUUGUAUCACUUUGACUUGAUUUUUAUCCCCUCGUUCUUUUCUAUUUCAAGAUUUAGUGCCUUUUUUGGACGGUAGACUGUUCUGUAAUCGCUAUGUAGAUGAUCUACAUAUGCCUUUUGUUACUUUCAUCUGUUGGAUAAACCUUAUUUGUUAUUUUUAAAAUGUGUUUUUAUUGAUAUUCUAUUUACAAGGGAAUAAAACGUGAUCCGAGUCCA